AGGUACAGAUCGAGUAAAGUAAAGUGCCAAGUGAAGAAGCAACGGCAUCCCAGAAUCGCGCGCAACCCAAAGCACAGAACUCCCCCCCAAUCCCCACCAACACCCCCCCAAAGGAGCAGCUAACCAAACGACGUCACGCCAGACUCCAGCUGCAGCAAUGCCUGGCCCGGCACUGUGGUCCGGAAUUAUGACACUGAGCCGUGGCCCGUACAGCGAGCUCGAUAAAAUGAGCCUUUUUCAAGACCUCAAACUCAAACGCCGGAAAAUCGAUUCGAGAUGCAGCAGUGACGGAGAGUCCAUUGCGGACACAUCGACCUCGUCGCCGGACCUCCUGGCGCCGAUGUCACCGAAGCUCUGCGACAGCGGCUCAGCCGGCGCGCUGCCCCUAGCCCUGCCACUGCCACUGCCGCUGCCGCUGCCGCUGCCACUGAGCCUGCCGCUGCCCAUGGCACUGCCCCUGCCCCUGCCACUGACCACAUCGGCCACGGCCGCAUCGGUGGCGGUGUCCGUGUCCCUGGCGGCGGUGGCGUCAGCGGGAACGGUAAUGGGAUCUGGAGGCGGAGGCGGUGGUGGAGGCGGAGCAACAGCGGCAUCAUCGGCAGCUGCAUCCGUGUCCACGUCCAUAUCAGCGGUGGCUUCCUCCUCCACAUCAUCGCUGUCGUCGACAUCCUCCGCCUCCUCCACAUCUUCGUCAUCCUCGCUGUCUACCACCUGUCCCAGCAGCAGCAGCAGCAGCGGCACCAUCACCAUCACAUCCAAGGCCGGCCAGGUGGCCGGCUCCGGAGCAAGUAUCAAAAAGGAGCACUCAGAGAUUCACUCCUCGAGCGGCGCGGUAACGACGGCGGCCGCCUCCUCGGCGAUGUCACCGCCGCCCACGGAGCAUCAGGUGCGAUCCAGCAGUCCGCCCUCGUCGGAGGUGGCUGGCACCACGGCAUCAGGAGCUGCCGGCGGCGGCGGAGGAGGAGGUGGGGCUGGGACGCGGGCCACCCCAACGCCACCGCAUAACAACGGGGGCGGAGCAUCCAGUUCGAGCAAUGGCGGCGGCAGCAGUCGCGCCUCACCCGACUCCCUGGAGGAGAAGCCCUCAACGACAACGGGCCAGCGGCCCCAUCCCGGGCCCACCAACGGUCUGCUCUCGUCCUCCACCUCCACCACCACCUCCUCCGCCGCCUCCUCGUCGUCGUCGUCCUCGGCCAGCAGCAAGCAGAGCCCGGGCGAGGUCAAUCUGAGCGUGAUCCGAUCCGUCAAGGAGGAGCGCCUGCUCACCGUCUCCACCAAGAUGCUCGCCUUCCACCAGCAGCGGGAGCGUGAGCGGGAGCAGGAGAGCAAGGCGGCAGCAGCGGCAGCGGCCGGGCAUGUGACGGUGCUGGUCACCCCGUCGCGCAUCAAGUCGGAGCCACCACCCCCUGGCUCGCCCUCCUCCACCUCCAACACACAGCGAGAGCGGGAGAGGGAACGAGACAGGGAUCGAGACAGAGAACGGGAGCGGGAGAGAGAGCGAGAGCGGGAGCGGGAUAGGGAUCGGGAAUCCUCAUCGUCAAUCAGCUCCUCCCAGCAGCAUUUGAGCCGGGCCAGUCCGCCCCUGGGCGUGGGUCAGCUCUCCCACGGACCGCUGAGCGGCAGCGGGGGGCACGGCCUGUCCACGACCAUCGUCCAGACGCACCACCUGCACCAGCAACUGACACAGCCGCUGACCCUGCGGAAGAACAGCCCGCCAACGGAGCUGCAGCUGGGCCAGAGUCCGCAGCACCUGCUCAGCCAGUCCAUGCAGCACCUCACCCAGCAGCAACAGCUCCACCUGCAUCACCUACUCGGCCAGCAGCAACAGCAACAGCAGCAGCAGCAGCAAUCGCCCCACCAGCAACAGCAGCAGCAGCAUUCGCCCCACUCCCUGGUGCGGGUGAAGAAGGAACCGAAUGCGGGAACACAGGGUCAGCGGCAUCUCUCGCCGCACCAUCAGCAGCAGUCGCCGCACAUGCAACACCACCAGCAGCAGCAGCAACAGCAGCAGCACCACCACCAGCAGCAGCAACAGCAGCAACAGCAGCAAAGGGAGCCGCCACCGCAGGCGCUGGCACUGAUGCAUCCGGCGUCGCUCGCCCUGCGCCACCCCAACCGGGACGCGGCGAUCCUCUUCCGGGUGAAGAGCGAGGUGCACCAGCAGGUGUCGGUUGGCCUGCCCCACCUCAUGCAGUCCGCGGGCGGAGCAGCAGCGGCCGCUGCGGUGGCCGCCCAACGGAUGGUCUGUUUCAGCAACGCGCGGAUCAACGGCGUCAAGCCGGAGGUGAUUGGCGGCCCCCUGGGCAAUCUGCGUCCCGUUGGUGGCGGCGUGGGCGGAGUGGGUGGCAAUGGGGGCUCCGUGCAGUGCCCGUCGCCGCACCCCUCGUCGUCCUCCUCCUCGUCGCAGCUAUCCCCGCAGACGCCCUCGCAGACGCCGCCGCGCGGCACGCCCACCGUCAUCAUGGGCGAGAGCUGUGGCGUCCGCACCAUGGUCUGGGGCUACGAGCCGCCACCGCCCUCCUCCGGCCCAGGCACGCCCCACUCCCAUCCGCAUCCCCAUCCGCAGCAACAGCAGCAGCAGCAGCAACAGUCGCCCCACCAGCAACAGCAGCAGCAACAGCAGCAGCAUCAGCAGCAACAGCAGCAACAGCAGCAACAGCAGCAGCAGAGCGGCGUGGUCAGUCAGGUGCACUGCCUCCAGGCGGCACUGCCGUCGCCUUCCGCUGGCUCCAUCACACCCUCCCACUCAUCCGGUGGCGGUGGAUCGGGUAGCGGAUCCCUCACUCCGUCGGGGUCGUCGAGUGCGGGGCCACAGAACAACGAAGAGGCAGCCCAGCUGCUUCUUUCCCUCGGUCAGAGCCGCAUCCAGGACAUGCGGUCGCGACCCCAUCCCUUCCGCACCCCACACGCCCUCAAUAUGGAGCGGCUGUGGGCGGGCGAUUACUCGCAACUGCCGCCCGGACAGCUGCAGGCGCUCAACCUCAGCGCCCAGCAGCAAUGGGGCAGCUCCAACUCGUCCGGCGUGGGCGGUGGCGGUGCGGGCGGAGCCGGCGGGAGAGGCGGGGGCCUCGAGGCGCCGCACGAGCCCACGGACGAGGACGAACAGCCUCUGGUUUGCAUGAUCUGCGAGGACAAGGCCACCGGCCUGCACUACGGCAUCAUCACCUGCGAGGGCUGCAAGGGCUUCUUCAAGCGCACGGUGCAGAACCGACGCGUCUACACCUGCGUGGCGGACGGCACCUGCGAAAUAACCAAAGCACAGCGCAACCGUUGUCAGUAUUGUCGAUUUAAGAAAUGCAUUGAGCAGGGCAUGGUGCUGCAGGCCGUUCGGGAGGAUCGCAUGCCAGGCGGACGCAACAGCGGCGCCGUCUACAACCUGUACAAGGUCAAAUACAAGAAGCACAAGAAGACGAAUCAGAAGCAGCAGCAGCAGCAGGCCGCCCAGCAGCAGCAACAACAACAGCAGCACCAGCAGCAGCAGCAGCAGAUGCACUCGCCCAUCCACCAUCACCACCAGCACCAACACCAGCAGCAGCAUCAGCAUCACCAGCAGCACCACCACAACCAGCAUCAGCAGCAGCUGCAGGCGCAGCUUUCGCCCCACCACCUGCUCUCGCCGCAGCAGCAACAGUUGGCAGCCGCCGUGGCAGCAGCGGCCCAGCAUCAGCACCAGCAACAGCAGCAGCAACAACAACAGCAACAACAGCAACAGCAGCAGCAACAGCAACAGCAGCAACAGUCAAAGCUGAUGGGCGGGGGCGUGGACAUGAAGCCCAUGUUCCUGGGGCCCGUGUUGAAAUCGGAGUUGCUGCAAGCGCAGCCGAUGCACAGCCCGGCCCAGCAACAGCAGCAGCAGCAGUCGUCGCCGCAUCUGUCCCUCAGCUCGCCCCUGCAACAGGGUCAGCAGCAGCAGCAGGGACAGGGACAGGGGCAGGGUCAGCAGCACCAUAACCACCAUCAGCAUCCGACUGGGGGCGGUGGAGGCGGAGGGGCACAGCCAUCGUUGCCGCCGCACCUGAUGAACGGCACCAUACUGAAGACGGCCCUGACCAAUCCCAGCGAGAUAGUGCAUCUGCGCCAUCGACUGGACUCGGCGGUGAGCUCGUCCAAGGACAGACAAAUCUCGUACGAGCACGCGCUGGCCAUGAUCCAGACGCUGAUCGACUGCGAUGCCAUGGAGGAUAUCGCCACGCUGCCGCACUUCAGCGAGUUCCUCGAGGACAAGUCGGAGAUCAGCGAGAAGCUGUGCAACAUCGGCGACUCCAUCGUGCACAAGCUGGUGUCGUGGACGAAGAAGCUGCCCUUCUACCUGGAGAUACCCGUGGAGAUACACACCAAGCUGCUGACCGACAAGUGGCACGAGAUCCUCAUCCUCACCACGGCCGCCUACCAGGCGCUGCAUGGCAAGCGCUCCAACCAAUCCGGAGCGGGAUCAGCGGUCACGGUAGCGUCAGCCGGAGUCGGCGGUGGAGUCGGCAAUGCCAACAAUCAUGGCAGUCGUCAUGGAUCGCCCGCCUCGACGCCGACGCCCACACAGACCUCGCCCGCCCAGCCCCUGCACAAGGACGAUCCGGAAUUUGUGAGCGAGGUAAACUCCCAUCUGAGCACCCUGCAGACCUGCCUGACCACGCUGAUGGGCCAGCCCAUUGCCAUGGAGCAGCUGAAGCUGGACGUCGGCCACAUGGUGGACAAGAUGACCCAAAUCACAAUCAUGUUCCGGCGCAUCAAGCUCAAGAUGGAGGAGUACGUCUGCCUCAAGGUCUACAUUCUGCUGAACAAAGCAGAAGUGGAACUGGAGAGCAUUCAGGAGCGGUAUAUCCAGGUGCUGCGCUCCUACCUCCAGAACUCGUCGCCCCAGAACCCACAGGCGCGGCUGAGCGAGCUGCUCUCCCACAUACCAGAGAUCCAGGCUGCCGCCAGCCUGCUGCUCGAGAGCAAAAUGUUCUAUGUGCCCUUCGUGCUCAACUCGGCGAGCAUAAGGUAGCAGAUGCUUGAGCACGGCCUGCUGCCCACCACCAACCACCUUCCAGCACCACACCAGCA